AUGCCUACAAAUGGGAACUACCCGUUGAAGCUGCAGUUUGGGCUGAUAAACUACGAGAGGCGCUACCUCACAGCAGAGGCCUUUGGCUUCAAGGUGAAUGCAUCAGCGCCAAGCCUGAAGAAGAAACAGAUCUGGACUCUGGAGCAGGACUCCCAGGACCCACAGGUGGUCUACCUGCGCAGUCACCUGGGACGCUACCUGGCCUCCGACAAAGACGGCAAGGUCACCUGUGAGGCCGACUGCUGUAAUUCCGACUGCCGCUUCCUCAUCGUGGCGCAGUCAGAUGGUCGCUGGGCACUGCAGUCAGAGCAGCACCUUCGCUUCUUUGGUGGGUCCCAUGACUACCUGUCCUGCUUCGCCCAGGUGAUCACCCAUGCUGAGCUGUGGACAGUGCACCUGGCGCUCCACCCACAGGCCAACCUACUUUCAGUGGCCCGCAAGCGCUACGCCCACCUGUCCGAGGAGGACGGGGAGAUCGUCAUGGACCGGAACAUACCGUGGGGCGUGGCGGCCCUCCUGACCUUGGUCUACCUGGAUGGGAAGUACUGCCUCAAGACCUGCAACAACCGUUUCCUCGGUAACGAUGGGAAGCUGUUGGUGCAGAGCGGCAGGGUGACUGCGUACACACUGGAGCUGAAGAGUGGGAAGCUGGCCUUUAAAGACUGUGAGGGGAAGUACCUGUCUCCCAUGGGCCCGACGGGGACGCUGAGGUCAGGACGCUGCUCCAAACCGGGAAAAGACGAGCUUUUUGACCUGGAGGAGAGCCACCCACAAGUGGUGCUGAUCGCAGCUAACGGCCGCUACGUUUCCAUAAGACAAGGAGUAAGCCUCUCAGCCAAUCAGGAAGAAGAGACGGACAUGGAGACGUUCCAAAUGGAGAUUGACAGACAGACCAGGAAGUGUCUGUUCCGCUCCAGCCAGGGGAACUACUGGAACCUGGUGGGCCAUGGAGGAAUCCAGACCACCGCCACCGAAACAUCAGCCAACAACAUGUUUGCAGUGGAGUGGCUUGGCCACAGGGUGGCGCUACGAGCGAACAACGGCAAAUACGUCUGCACGAAAAAGAAUGGCCAGCUGCUAGCAGUCAGUGACACUGUAGGUGAGGAUGAGCAGCUGACUCUGAAGUUAAUAAACAGACCCAUACUGAUCCUGAGAGGAGAGAACGGCUUCAUCUGCCACCACCGAACCUCCAACACGCUGGACGCCAGUCGCUCCAUCUACGACAUCUUCACCCUGCAGUUCAACGAUGGCUUCUACCAUAUUAAAGGUGUCAGCGGGCGCUUCUGGUACGUCAGCAGCAGCGGCCUGGUGUGUUCGGACGGCGACACGCCGGAGGACUUCACCCUGGAGUUCGUGGAGCACGGACGCAUCGCCAUCCGCGGGAGAAACGGCAGAUACCUGCGCGGAGACCCGGGGGGGACGCUGAUGGGGGACGGACUGAACCCCGACAGCUCAGCGCUGUGGGAGUACUGAGACCGGAACACACACACCCAGCUCACGGCGCGUCCCACGGUUAGAAAACAUGAGGACACCGGUCGUCUGGGGAGCGUGGCAGUCUAUUCCAUCGCCUACCAACACAGG